GUGUCAACAUCAUAAUUGCCAGGUUUCAAUCGCCUAGCCGGAAUGAUUACUUGAUGGGUUGAUGGUAUUGAUUUCCCCUUCUACGGGGUUUAGCAGUUGCUUAAGUUAAACCCUGUCUCGGACCAACCAAACUGGUGGCCAUGGCAAGGCCUUGUUGGCGUAAAAUGAAAACGACAUGUCGUUUUCAGCUGUCUCGUCACCUUUGUUCUUCAACAUCUCUCCCUUCCCGUCCACUAUCCUCUCCCCGAAGGGUAGUCGUCACCGGGCUUGGCAUGGUGACCCCACUUGGCUGCGGGGUAGAAACAACAUGGAAACAUUUGAUAGAAGGCAAGUGUGGGAUUAGGGCACUAACCCCAGACGAUCUAAAGAUGAAUGCUUUUGAUAGAGAAACUCAGAUGCUUACCUUUGAUCAGUUAACUUCUAGAGUUGCUGCAAUUGUGCCAUGUGGAACUAACCCUGGUGAAUUCAAUGAGGACCUUUGGCUUAAUUCUAAAGAACAUCGAUCAAUUGCAAGAUUUAUAAGCUAUGCAUUAUGUGCUGCUGAUGAAGCUUUAAAAGAUGCAAAAUGGGUACCCACUGAGCAAGAGCAGAAGGAAAGAACGGGAGUCUCUAUAGGUGGUGGGACUGGAAGUAUCAGGGAUAUAUUGGAUGCAGCACAAAUGAUUUGUGAGAAGCGUCUUCGUCGACUAAGUCCAUUUUUCAUUCCAAGGAUUCUAAUCAACAUGGCAUCUGGUCAUGUGAGCAUGAAAUAUGGAUUCCAGGGACCAAACCAUGCUGCAGUGACUGCUUGUGCGACUGGGGCACAUUCUAUUGGUGAUGCUAUGAGGAUGGUUCAAUUUGGAGAUGCUGACGUUAUGGUUGCUGGGGGCACAGAGUCCAGUAUUGAUGCUUUAUCAAUAGCUGGAUUUUGCAGGGCUAGAGCUUUGACCACAAAUUACAAUUCUUCCCCCGUAGAAGCUUCACGACCUUUUGACUGUGGUCGGGAUGGGUUUGUGAUAGGUGAAGGUUCUGGUGUCUUGGUAUUAGAGGAACUUGAGCAUGCAAAAAGACGAGGAGCAAAAAUUUAUGCAGAGAUUUGUGGAUAUGGGAUGUCAGGUGAUGCAUAUCACAUUACUCAACCGCAUACUGAUGGAAGAGGUGCCAUUUUGGCCAUGACACGUGCCUUGAAACAAUCUGGUCUGCAUCCUAAUCAAGUGGAUUAUGUGAAUGCUCAUGCUACUUCUACGCCUUUGGGUGAUGCAAUUGAAGCCAAUGCAAUCAAAUCCACAUUUGCUGACCAUGCAGCGUCAGGUGCUUUGGCCUUUUCCUCCACGAAGGGUGCUGUUGGUCAUCUUCUUGGUGCAGCCGGGGCUGUUGAAGCAAUUUUUACUGUUUUAGCCAUACACCAUGGAACUGCACCUUUGACACUUAAUGUCACUAAACCAGAUCCCAUAUUUAACAAUGCUUUCACGCCUUUGACUGCUUCAAAGGAAAUGCCACUUAGAGCUGCAUUGUCCAAUUCUUUUGGUUUUGGAGGAACAAAUGCAUGUUUACUUUUUGCUUCCCCCUCCUAGAACAGAUUGAUGGGUCAAACUUUCUUGUUUUGGGGUAUUGGGUGCCGGUUCUUUGGUUGGUUGCUUUGGCACCUUUUAGAAUCACAAAUCUAAGAUAUGAAGCGAAAUGGUUGGGUCAUUGUGGUAGAAUCUUGUUUAUUUUCUUGUUCUAUUAUUUUAUUGGUAAUAGUAAACUGCAGAGGAAAAUGGCAUUAUGUGAUUGUAGAGAAAUUUUGAGCUUCAGAUUCUUUAAGAUUGAUUA